AUGAUCGAUGACCUCUCAAAGCAUCUGGGCGAUGCUUACAAGUGGGGUCUCGCGAGUUCCUUCUAUGCUUUAUUUGAUGGUCAUAAUGGGUCGGAGGCUGCAUCUUAUGUUAAAGAACAUGCUAUGAGGUUAUUCUUUGAGGAUUCGGAUCUACCACAAGCAGCACCAACUGGUGCUUCAGAUGCAGGUGAUUUGUUUUUAAAACAAGUGGAAGGGUCUCAUAACAAAGCGUUUUUACAGGCUGACUUAUCCUUAGCUGAUGAAUUCAGUGUGAGCGAUUAUUAUGGAACGAUAGCUUUAACUGUUUUGAUAAUGGGAAUACAUAUAAUAAUAGCCAAUGCUGGCGACUCUCGUGCGGUGCUAUGUAGGAACGGGUCUGCAACACAGAUUACUGACGACCACAGGGGGUCGACUUGCUUACAACAAAAGGAAAGAUGUGAGUGUUUCUAUGCAGGUGAAGAGCUAACACUAAAAUACAAUUAUAUCCCUGAUUACUAA